GCUGUAGAAAUUGGUGUGUUAGCCAAGACUUUCAUUGAACAAGGGAAGCUCAUCCCAGAUGAUAUCAUGACUCGACUGGCCUUGCAUGAGCUGAAAAACCUCACCCAGUAUAACUGGCUCUUGGAUGGUUUCCCAAGGACUCUUCCUCAGGCAAAAGCCCUGGAUAAAGUUUAUAAAAUAGACACCGUGAUUAAUCUGAAGGUGCCCUUUGAGGUCAUUAAGCAGCGCCUCACAGCUCGCUGGAUUCAUCCGGCCAGCGGCCGAGUCUACAACAUCGAAUUCAACCCUCCCAAAGCUGUGGGCAUCGACGAUCUGACUGGGGAGCCUCUCGUGCAGCGUGAGGACGAUAAACCGGAGACCGUUGCCAAGAGACUGAAGGCUUACGAAGCUCAGACAGAGCCAGUCUUGGAAUACUACCAGAAAAAAGGAGUGUUGGAAACAUUCUCCGGAACCGAAACCAACAAGAUCUGGCCCGAUGUAUAUGCCUUCCUACAAACAAAAGUGCCACAAAUAAACCAGAAAUCAUCAGUUACUCCUUGAGGAAAAGCCGGUGUAACUACAAACAAAAAGAACUUGUUUUAUGCUGAGUUAAUAUCAUAGACCAGCAAUCUCCAACGGGUGGUCCCGGACCACUGGUGGUCAGUGAGGUCCGAAAGGUUGGCGACCACCGUCAUGGACAAUUUUGAUGAAGAUGAUCAUGGCUGAGGAGCGCAUGCAUAAAAAAAAUUAUGCUGUAAUGACAUUAUGAUUUAUGUGCCAUAUGGAAAUAUUUGGAGCUGAAUGCCCAUGGCUAGAGGCUACUAUGUCUUAAAGGAUAAUGAGAACAGUACUUAACCCCAUUACCCUAUUUUCUGGAGUACCAUAGUUAUUUUGGUGCAAAAUAUAUAAGCAAAGUGUGUUGUGGGAAAUGGACAUUGGCAAUUAAUACCAUCAGAAAAUUUAUUCCUCAAUUCCAUUUGAAAUAGGUUAAAUACUGGCUUAAAUUCCUAAACCCCAGCCCAUAGCUAACCUCCCCCCCCCCCGCCCCCACACACACACAGCUAUUCAUAACGGCAUUCCAGCAAAGUAUUUGAACUCAUUGUGGCAAAAUCUACCUAUGUUAAAAACAAGUCAUGCUAAUUACAGACCUCAGAUAAACUGUGUAAUACUUGCAACUACUAGCAAGAAUAAAUUUGUAUUUUUGAAA